AUGGAACCCAUUGUAACGCUGACAUGUGUCGAGGCGAAUGCACCACAUGACGUCAGCGUGACUUGGACACAAGAACAGACACAUUUACAGUCUGGAUAUGGGAAACCGUCUGCCACUGGGCCUCAGGAAGUGAUCAGUAAACUAAACAUUUCUACACAAGACUGGACCGGUGGGAAAGUAUACUUCUGCAUUGUCAGCCAUGACGAUAUACCGACUCCCAUCAGAAAAAAGAUAUUUAAGGAUCCAGUUUCAUACACGAAGCAACCUUCAGUGUAUCUGCUUCUCCCAUCGGCAGAAGAAUUGUCUGCUCAGCAGUCUCUCACCCUCAGUUGCCUGGUGAAGAACUUCGCUCCCAAAGAGAUCUUUGUGGAGUGGACUGUGAAUGACCAGUUGAUUGAUGCCAACAAAUACAAGAACACUGAGUUGAUGGCAGACAGUGCAGAUUACUCCACGUACAGCAUGUUAUCCAUCUCAGCCGGAGAUUGGGAUAGAGGCUAUUCCUACUCCUGUGUGGUCGGACAUGAAACUUUCCCACUGAAGACCCUGACCAGAGCCGUUAAUAAAUCCGGCGUAUUUGGGUUUCAAGUUUCUUUUCCUUUUCUAGAUUGUGAUUCUCCUGAACCUGUCAAGAUCUCUUUCCUGCCGCCUUCACCGAAACAGGUUUUGAUGGAACCCAUUGCAACGCUGACAUGUGUCGUGGCGAAUGCACCACAUGACGUCAACGUGACUUGGACACAAGAACAGACACAUUUACAGUCUGGGUAUGGGAAACCGUCUGCCACUGGGCCUCAGGAAGUGAUCAGUAAACUAAACAUUUCUACACAAGACUGGACCAGUGGGAAAGUAUACUUCUGCAUUGUCAGCCAUGACGAUAUGCCGACUCCCAUCAGAAAAAAGAUAUUUAAGGAGCCCGUUUCAUACACGAAGCAACCUUCAGUGUAUCUGCUUCUCCCAUCGGCAGAAGAAUUGUCUGCUCAGCAGUCUCUCACCCUCAGUUGCCUGGUGAAGAACUUCGCUCCCAAAGAGAUCUUUGUGGAGUGGACUGUGAAUGACCAGUUGAUUGAUGCCAACAAAUACAAGAACACUGAGUUGAUGGCAGACAGUGCAGAUUACUCCACGUACAGCAUGUUAUCCAUCUCAGCCGGAGAUUGGGACAGAGGCUAUUCCUACUCCUGUGUGGUCGGACAUGAAACUUUCCCACUGAAGACCCUGACCAGAGCCGUUAAUAAAUCCAGCGAUUGUGAUCCUCCUGAACCUGUCAAGAUCUCUUUCCUGCCGCCUUCACCGAAACAGGUUUUGAUGGAACCCAUUGUAACGCUGACAUGUGUCGUGGCGAAUGCACCACAUGACGUCAACGUGACUUGGACACAAGAACAGACACAUUUACAGUCUGGAUAUGGGAAACCGUCUGCCACUGGGCCUCAGGAAGUGAUCAGUAAACUAAACAUUUCUACACAAGACUGGACCAGUGGGAAAGUAUACUUCUGCAUUGUCAGCCAUGACGAUAUGCCGACUCCCAUCAGAAAAAAGAUAUUUAAGGAGCCCGUUUCAUACACGAAGCAACCUUCAGUGUAUCUGCUUCUCCCAUCGGCAGAAGAAUUGUCUGCUCAGCAGUCUCUCACCCUCAGUUGCCUGGUGAAGAACUUCGCUCCCAAAGAGAUCUUUGUGGAGUGGACUGUGAAUGACCAGUUGAUUGAUGCCAACAAAUACAAGAACACUGAGUUGAUGGCAGACAGUGCAGAUUACUCCACGUACAGCAUGUUAUCCAUCUCAGCCGGAGAUUGGGACAGAGGCUAUUCCUACUCCUGUGUGGUCGGACAUGAAACUUUCCCACUGAAGACCCUGACCAGAGCCGUUAAUAAAUCCAGCGAUUGUGAUCCUCCUGAACCUGUCAAGAUCUCUUUCCUGCCGCCUUCACCGAAACAGGUUUUGAUGGAACCCAUUGUAACGCUGACAUGUGUCGUGGCGAAUGCACCACAUGACGUCAACGUGACUUGGACACAAGAACAGACACAUUUACAGUCUGGAUAUGGGAAACCGUCUGCCACUGGGCCUCAGGAAGUGAUCAGUAAACUAAACAUUUCUACACAAGACUGGACCAGUGGGAAAGUAUACUUCUGCAUUGUCAGCCAUGACGAUAUGCCGACUCCCAUCAGAAAAAAGAUAUUUAAGGAGCCCGUUUCAUACACGAAGCAACCUUCAGUGUAUCUGCUUCUCCCAUCGGCAGAAGAAUUGUCUGCUCAGCAGUCUCUCACCCUCAGUUGCCUGGUGAAGAACUUCGCUCCCAAAGAGAUCUUUGUGGAGUGGACUGUGAAUGACCAGUUGAUUGAUGCCAACAAAUACAAGAACACUGAGUUGAUGGCAGACAGUGCAGAUUACUCCACGUACAGCAUGUUAUCCAUCUCAGCCGGAGAUUGGGACAGAGGCUAUUCCUACUCCUGUGUGGUCGGACAUGAAACUUUCCCACUGAAGACCCUGACCAGAGCCGUUAAUAAAUCCAGCGAUUGUGAUCCUCCUGAACCUGUCAAGAUCUCUUUCCUGCCGCCUUCACCGAAACAGGUUUUGAUGGAACCCAUUGUAACGCUGACAUGUGUCGUGGCGAAUGCACCACAUGACGUCAACGUGACUUGGACACAAGAACAGACACAUUUACAGUCUGGAUAUGGGAAACCGUCUGCCACUGGGCCUCAGGAAGUGAUCAGUAAACUAAACAUUUCUACACAAGACUGGACCAGUGGGAAAGUAUACUUCUGCAUUGUCAGCCAUGACGAUAUGCCGACUCCCAUCAGAAAAAAGAUAUUUAAGGAGCCCGUUUCAUACACGAAGCAACCUUCAGUGUAUCUGCUUCUCCCAUCGGCAGAAGAAUUGUCUGCUCAGCAGUCUCUCACCCUCAGUUGCCUGGUGAAGAACUUCGCUCCCAAAGAGAUCUUUGUGGAGUGGACUGUGAAUGACCAGUUGAUUGAUGCCAACAAAUACAAGAACACUGAGUUGAUGGCAGACAGUGCAGAUUACUCCACGUACAGCAUGUUAUCCAUCUCAGCCGGAGAUUGGGACAGAGGCUAUUCCUACUCCUGUGUGGUCGGACAUGAAACUUUCCCACUGAAGACCCUGACCAGAGCCGUUAAUAAAUCCAGCGAUUGUGAUCCUCCUGAACCUGUCAAGAUCUCUUUCCUGCCGCCUUCACCGAAACAGGUUUUGAUGGAACCCAUUGUAACGCUGACAUGUGUCGUGGCGAAUGCACCACAUGACGUCAACGUGACUUGGACACAAGAACAGACACAUUUACAGUCUGGAUAUGGGAAACCGUCUGCCACUGGGCCUCAGGAAGUGAUCAGUAAACUAAACAUUUCUACACAAGACUGGACCAGUGGGAAAGUAUACUUCUGCAUUGUCAGCCAUGACGAUAUGCCGACUCCCAUCAGAAAAAAGAUAUUUAAGGAGCCCGUUUCAUACACGAAGCAACCUUCAGUGUAUCUGCUUCUCCCAUCGGCAGAAGAAUUGUCUGCUCAGCAGUCUCUCACCCUCAGUUGCCUGGUGAAGAACUUCGCUCCCAAAGAGAUCUUUGUGGAGUGGACUGUGAAUGACCAGUUGAUUGAUGCCAACAAAUACAAGAACACUGAGUUGAUGGCAGACAGUGCAGAUUACUCCACGUACAGCAUGUUAUCCAUCUCAGCCGGAGAUUGGGACAGAGGCUAUUCCUACUCCUGUGUGGUCGGACAUGAAACUUUCCCACUGAAGACCCUGACCAGAGCCGUUAAUAAAUCCAGCGAUUGUGAUCCUCCUGAACCUGUCAAGAUCUCUUUCCUGCCGCCUUCACCGAAACAGGUUUUGAUGGAACCCAUUGUAACGCUGACAUGUGUCGUGGCGAAUGCACCACAUGACGUCAACGUGACUUGGACACAAGAACAGACACAUUUGCAGUCUGGAUAUGGGAAACCGUCUGCCACUGGGCCUCAGGAAGUGAUCAGUAAACUAAACAUUUCUACACAAGACUGGACCGGUGGGAAAGUAUACUUCUGCAUUGUCAGCCAUGACGAUAUGCCGACUCCCAUCAGAAAAAAGAUAUUUAAGGAGCCCGUUUCAUACACGAAGCAACCUUCAGUGUAUCUGCUUCUCCCAUCGGCAGAAGAAUUGUCUGCUCAGCAGUCUCUCACCCUCAGUUGCCUGGUGAAGAACUUCGCUCCCAAAGAGAUCUUUGUGGAGUGGACUGUGAAUGACCAGUUGAUUGAUGCCAACAAAUACAAGAACACUGAGUUGAUGGCAGACAGUGCAGAUUACUCCACGUACAGCAUGUUAUCCAUCUCAGCCGGAGAUUGGGACAGAGGCUAUUCCUACUCCUGUGUGGUCGGACAUGAAACUUUCCCACUGAAGACCCUGACCAGAGCCGUUAAUAAAUCCAGCGAUUGUGAUCCUCCUGAACCUGUCAAGAUCUCUUUCCUGCCGCCUUCACCGAAACAGGUUUUGAUGGAACCCAUUGUAACGCUGACAUGUGUCGUGGCGAAUGCACCACAUGACGUCAACGUGACUUGGACACAAGAACAGACACAUUUACAGUCUGGAUAUGGGAAACCGUCUGCCACUGGGCCUCAGGAAGUGAUCAGUAAACUAAACAUUUCUACACAAGACUGGACCAGUGGGAAAGUAUACUUCUGCAUUGUCAGCCAUGACGAUAUGCCGACUCCCAUCAGAAAAAAGAUAUUUAAGGAGCCCGUUGAGUACACGAAGCAACCUUCAGUGUAUCUGCUUCUCCCAUCGGCAGAAGAAUUGUCUGCUCAGCAGUCUCUCACCCUCAGUUGCCUGGUGAAGAACUUCGCUCCCAAAGAGAUCUUUGUGGAGUGGACUGUGAAUGACCAGUUGAUUGAUGCCAACAAAUACAAGAACACUGAGUUGAUGGCAGACAGUGCAGAUUACUCCACGUACAGCAUGUUAUCCAUCUCAGCCGGAGAUUGGGACAGAGGCUAUUCCUACUCCUGUGUGGUCGGACAUGAAACUUUCCCACUGAAGACCCUGACCAGAGCCGUUAAUAAAUCCAGCGAUUGUGAUCCUCCUGAACCUGUCAAGAUCUCUUUCCUGCCGCCUUCACCGAAACAGGUUUUGAUGGAACCCAUUGUAACGCUGACAUGUGUCGUGGCGAAUGCACCACAUGACGUCAACGUGACUUGGACACAAGAACAGACACAUUUACAGUCUGGAUAUGGGAAACCGUCUGCCACUGGACCUCAGGAAGUGAUCAGUAAACUAAACAUUUCUACACAAGACUGGACCGGAGGGAAAGUAUACUUCUGCAUUGUCAGCCAUGACGAUAUACCGACUCCCAUCAGAAAAAAGAUAUUUAAGGAGCCCGUUGAGUACACGAAGCAACCUUCAGUGUAUCUGCUUCUCCCAUCGGCAGAAGAAUUGUCUGCUCAGCAGUCUCUCACCCUCAGUUGCCUGGUGAAGAACUUCGCUCCCAAAGAGAUCUUUGUGGAGUGGACUGUGAAUGACCAGUUGAUUGAUGCCAACAAAUACAAGAACACUGAGUUGAUGGCAGACAGUGCAGAUUACUCCACGUACAGCAUGUUAUCCAUCUCAGCCGGAGAUUGGGACAGAGGCUCUUCCUACUCCUGUGUGGUCGGACAUGAAACUUUCCCACUGAAGACCCUGACCAGAGCCGUUAAUAAAUCCAGCGGUAAACCGAAUUUUGUAAACAUUUCCCUUGUCCUGAUGGACACCGCGAAUGCCUGUCAAUGAGUCUCUCAAUACCAUUUUGCUUAUUUUUUGUGCACCCGCCUCCCGACCAUUGCAUUGUCAGUUUGGAGUCAUGAAAAAGUAACUCAAAUAAAGAUCAUUGUUGUA